UGAUAACCAAGAUCAAAAGCAGCGCAUCAAGUAAAGGAUCAGAAUCAAUCGUGAUGUAGAUGCGUAACACCUUAUAAAACACUCUCAUCCAAAAUGUCCUCCUCCUCCACCACAACACUCAACUCCACCACUUCCAGACCCUUCCUCUCCACCUCCGUACUCCGACGUCGUUUACCCUUCGUAGGCGCGUUUUGCAUGCUCACUUUGGGAUUCACCAAUUUCUAUACACCAUUGUCCUCUUCUGCCCUCAAAACGGGGUUCGUUCAAUCUCUUUUACGAUCCAAAUUGGGUAGCAGGUUUUCAACAAAGAGUAGCAGUUUUAUCCGAAUGGAAGGGAAUACUAGUAACACCACUGUUCCAAGCAUAGUUGUGUAUGUCACUGUUCCAAACAAAGAAGCGGGUAAGAAAUUGUCCGAGAGCAUUGUCCAAGAGAAACUUGCAGCUUGUGUCAAUAGGGUACCGGGUAUAGAAUCAGUGUAUCUGUGGGAGGGAAAGAUCCAAACUGAUUCUGAGGAACUUCUUAUAAUCAAGACCAGGCAAUCUCUCUUGGAAGCACUGACAGAGCAUGUCAAAGCAAAUCAUGAAUACGACGUACCAGAGGUGAUCUCCUUACCCAUCACUGGGGGCAAUCUCAAAUAUUUAGAAUGGUUAAAAGAGAGCACAAAGGAGUGACUAUCAGUUAUAGCCAGAGGGUUGGGUUCAAGACUCGAGAGUUCUGCUUCCUUUGUGUGAAAUAAACCUGACAUUUCAUUCAUGUAACUAGUCAAUGGUGUAUGAGUAUUGUAUUACUGUACGGAGAAUGAGAAACGAUCUUGCAUUACUGCUGAUGGCUGUUAUGGGCUGAAUAUGAUCAUGUGAAUGGACUUUUCCUCGUGAGAAAACAAAGUUUAAAAUAAAUUUGUUAGUUUUCAUAA